UGUCUUUCUUGAUUACUCUUCACAGUCGCCGGUAUCAACAUGAAGGUUUCGGUCUGCAUUUUCUUGGCUACUUUGUCAUUUUCUUUGGCCAGCAAAGAUGCCAACACACAAGAGAUGGAACAAGAAAAAGUGGAGGUUGAUUCGGAAAAGUUAGAAUAUGCCAAAGGUUCCUUAUGCGGCUACUGUGAUUACUGCAAGUUUUGCAAGCUGUGUGAAGAAGACUGUCCAUGUGAGAAAAGUCCAACAAAACCAAACUGUCACAUGUGCAAGUACUGCAAGUUUUGCUACCUUUGUUCAGGUGUCUGCAAUACAAUAUGUCAACCAGGUGGCAUAAUAGAUAAAGUGUCAGCAGCAUUUGUAAAUGCCUUACCAAGCUACAACAAGGAGGAGGUAGAUGGUGAUAUAGAAGGUGUGAAGUCAUGGAUAAAUCAGAAGAAAGAUGAAUUGUAAACCUCACAGGGUCCAAGGGAGAUCUACACUUAAACAUCAAAUACUCUCUUAGCUGAUUGUUCUUUGUUUUCAAACAUGAAGGUUUAAAAGGAAAAUAAGAGUUUUGAAAAGUAGAAUAAUGAUGGACUGCAGAAGUUAAAAAAAAAAUAGAAUAACUCCAGAUAGUUUGUGUAGAAAUUUCAGAAUGUUAACAGUUUAUAAUUUGACUGUACUCAAGGAGCACAAGCUUCAUAUUUUUAAAUUGACCCGUUUUAUUUUUGUUGUUUUUAAACGAAAGUUUUGUUUUCAUCAAGCAGAUGCUUUAUUUUUGUUAGAAAAGAAAAGUUUUACAAGAUAAUUUUCAGGCAUGAGUCUGAUCAAAUUUUUUACUUUUUUUACGAUGUUUAUAAUAAAACUGCAAAGAAAGAUUUUUUUGCACUUAUCUUUUUUUAUUUGUUUAGGGGAAAUACUCAUUGCUGACAAAAAGAAACAAAAUAGUUUCGAACACACACUUGGUACUUUACUGUUUUAGCAAAUUUAAAAAGCAGUGUCCUGGUUCAUCAAUGUUUUACGGGAAGAAUUUUACUUUUACUUAGAUUUUAGAUACAUAUAGAUACUUGGUACAUAGGUACUGGUUCAACUGUUAUUUCCCUGAGUAUCAAAAGAAAUUUUGAAAGAAAUAUUUAAUUUGAAAAAGAGUCUUCUGACUGUCCACCAAUUUUAUUUUGCUUACAAUGUUUGAUGAAAAAGAGUUGCGGUCGGCUAUACAAGUGCUCAUACACUGUGUCUUAAUAUGACCAAGUCACAGAUUAAUGACUUUUACAGUUGUUAAAAAUGUAUUGUACCAUUGCACAUUACCAUAUCGGAUACAAGUAUUAUGUUGAAAAUAUAAAUCCACCUGCAUUUUUUAGCUCACCUGAACUCUGUUCAUGGUGAGCUAUUACUAUAGGUAAAUGGUCAGGCCUUUGUUCUCUGUCUUCAAGGUUUUAACUUAAAAAUCCUCUUCUCCAAAACAGCUGUGGUCAAAAUUACACUGAACUUGAUCUGUAGCACUUUUGCAUAGUACUCCCUCAAAUCCGUUUUAAUGGAGGCGCUUGGCCUUUUAAAGGGGCUGCUAGAACUAAAAUACAAGUACCUAUCAACAACAACUUCUCAUGAACCACAAUGUUGAUCUUCAUCUUGGUCUGUAUUAUCAUUAAAUAUUUUUUCCAUUUUUUUUCAAAUGGGGACACUUGGCCCUUUCUAUGGGCUACUACAGCUAAAAAUAGGAAAAACCUUAAAACACUUCUUCUCCUGGUCCGCUUGAUGGAUCUUCUUCAGACUUGGUCUGUAGCAUCAUUAAAAGGUCUUCUCCCAACUUUUUCAAAUGGAGGCACUUGGCUCAUUUUAGGGGCUGAUAGAGGUAAAAAUAGAAAUACCUUUAAACAACAUCAUCUCAUGAACUGCUUGAUGAAUCUGAAUCAAAGUUGGUCUGUAGCAUCAUUGUGAGGUCCUCUCUAAAGUUUAUACAAAUGAGGACACUUUGGCCCCUUUUUGGGACCACUAGAGCUGAAAAUAGAAAUGCCUUUUAAACAAUCUGUCAUGAAGCGAUUUAUGGAUCUCAACCAAGCUUUUUCUGUAGCAUUCUAGUAAAGUGCUUUCUUAAAUUACUUCAGAUGGAGGCACUUGGUCCCUUUUAGGGGUCAUUUGAGCUAGAAUUAGAAAUAAAUUUUGAUGACUUUUUCCCUUAAACAGUUUGAUUGAUCUUCAUUAUACAGGGUUUGUAGUGUCCGCGUAAGGUCUGUUCUCAAAUUUAUUCAAAUAGGGGCACUUGUCAUGUUAUGUUCCUUUUUAUAGUAAACACAUUUGUUACCAUUCAUGAUAUCUGUGUGUCAUAAAUAUAUUCACGGUUCAGGUGAGCAACUGAGGGCCACUAUGGUUCACUUGUUCUAUUUUCUUAUUUUUCAAAUUGUAUGUUUAUACAUGUUCAGGGAUAUUUUACUUACUUUUGAGUUCAUUAAGUGAUACAGAAUGCUUUGCCAUAUUUAAAAAGUUAACAUUUUAGUUUGGAAACUUCUUUAUUUUUUGUUAGAUGUGACGAGUGUAAUGCAGAAAUAUUUUGUGCUUGGCUGUUUACAAAUAAUUGUUGCUUUUUCCAGCUGGUCAAGUUCAAAUUAUCUCUGAAAUAUUUGUUCUUUUUCCACUUUUUAUCGUAUUGUUUCUGUAGGCUUAGACUCAAAGUGGGUGUGCAGUGCUUGUUCCUAGUAGAUAAGUAUAGGUUUUAUAGACAUUCAUAUUCAGAGUCAGAUGAAAAGACAUAACCUUUUUUUUCACUUUUUUAGGCAUAUUCAUUAUCACCAUUUCAUAUGCUCUUGUUGUCACUGAGUAAUAGUUAUUGUAUUAAGUGUUUCUUUGUUCUUGAAUUUUUGUUUCGGUUUGAACAAAUGUCAUUUGUGAAAUAUGAUUACCAAGUUAUUUUUUCUGCUGUUCUUUAAGUAGGAUUAGAUGAAUUAGAAGAAACUUAGUAUUCUUUUUUUUUUUGAAGUGCCAUAAAAAUGAGUGCUGUGUAAUCAUAGUAAAUUUUGUAAAAGAAUGUGCCUAAAGACUUAUGCUAGGCAAAAAAGCGAAUUUGAAGAUUUUUUUUUCAUUUCCCGAAUGAACCAACAGGCGUUGAUUUUAUAACUACUACCAAAGGGGUUAAGUUAUCAUAUAUACAAUGUAGAACAAAAUGAGAAAGAAAGAAUUGUUGGUAAGUAAUCUCACACCGCUAUUAAGUUUGAGAGAGUGAGUUUUGUUUUUAAGUGUUGUUAGAGAAUUUGUUGACUACAGUUAGAUGAUUUUUACAUUCCAUUAUACUUGGUUUGCUGUUAUGUCAUUAUGUUAGGGAGGCUGAAAAGUUGUUGAGUGUUUACAUUUCUUUGUAUAAAUAGUUUCUUUUAAAUGUAUAGAAACGUCUAGGUGUGACUGUAAUAAUAUUUUGCAGCCAUUUACUCUGAUAAGCUACAUUAAAAACCAAGGGAUGUCAAAGUAGCGUAUGAGAAUAAAUAUAAAUAUAUCACGCAAAAUUGUCAUUCUGGAGGCAGUACAUUAAAACACUUUAUAUAGUUUAAAUGUAGGUUGUGUAUUAACAAGCAUUGUCAUUGUAUUUGACAGUUUUGUAUUGUACAUCUGAAAACUUAACUUAUUUUAUGUAGUUAGAUAUUGAUCAAAAUGUGAUGUAAAUCCAGAAUAUAACUCUGUUGUUUCUUUUCUAAA